CCAGCCGCCCCGGCCGUGAGCGCAGGCGGCCCUGCCACCGCACCUGCUGGGCGCUCGCUCGCUGCUCGCACCCGCGCACCACUGCUCGCACCCAGCCCUUCCCCACUGUCGUCGCGCGGUCGAUGACUCCCCAGACUCCUGGCCGACGACCAUGACCACGUCCCUGCAAGGUGGGCAGAGCGCCGCGGGCCGGGCGGCCGCCCAGGAAUCGCCGCUGGCCGCGCAGGUGUGCCGCGUUGCCCAGGGCAGGGGCGACGCCCAUGACCCGGCGCGGGUCCCCGGACUGCACCCGCUGUCGCCCGCCUCCGACGCGACCCGCUUCGGUGCUGCAGACAGGAGAAAAAAAAAUGAUCUGGAUGUUCUGGAAAUGCCGUCUAUUCCCAACCCCUUUCCUGAGCUCUGUUGUUCUCCGAUUACCUCAGUGCUGUCGGCAGGCCUGUUUCCCAGAGCAAACUCAAGGAAGAAGCAGGUGAUUAAAGUCUACAGCGAGGAUGAGACCAGCCGGGCGUUAGAAGUGCCCAGCGACAUCACUGCCCGAGAUGUUUGCCAGCUGUUGAUCCUGAAGAACCACUAUGUGGAUGAUAACAGCUGGACCCUUUUUGAGCACCUGGCUCACACCGGUGUAGAAAGAACAAUAGAAGACCAUGAGCUGGUGGUUGAAGUGCUGUCUCACUGGGGGAUGGAAGAAGACAAUAAGCUGUAUCUUAGAAAAAAUUAUGCCAAAUAUGAAUUUUUUAAGAACCCAAUGUAUUUCUUUCCAGAGCACAUGGUGUCUUUUGCAACUGAGACCAAUGGUGAAAGAUCCCCUACACAAAUGCUGCAGAUGUUUUUAAGUUCAAGCACAUAUCCCGAAAUCCAUGGCUUUCUACAUGCAAAAGAACAAGGAAAAAAGUCUUGGAAAAAAGUUUACUUUUUUCUGAGAAGAUCUGGUUUAUAUUUUUCUACUAAAGGUACAUCAAAGGAACCACGACAUUUGCAGUUUUUCAGCGAAUUCAGCACUAGUAAUGUUUACAUAUCACUGGCGGGCAAAAAAAAGCACGGAGCACCGACUGCCUAUGGAUUCUGCUUUAAGCCUCACAAAGCAGGAGGGCCCCGGGACCUGAAAAUGCUCUGUGCGGAGGAAGAACAGAGCAGAAUGUGCUGGAUGACCGCCAUUAGAUUGCUUAAGUAUGGCAUGCAGCUGUACCAGAAUUACAUGCACCCAUACCAAGGUAGAAGUGGCUGCAGUUCUCAGAGCAUACCACCCAUGAGAAGCAUAUCGGAGAACUCCCUAGUAGCAAUGGACUUCUCAGGUCAGAAGAGCAGAGUCAUAGACAACCCUACGGAAGCGCUUUCCGUUGCUGUUGAGGAAGGGCUCGCUUGGAGGAAGAAAGGAUGUUUACGCCUGGGGAAUCACGGCAGCCCCACCGCCCCCUCGCAGACCUCUGCUGUGAACAUGGCUAUCCAUCGGUCCCAGCCAUGGUUUCAUCACAGAAUUUCUCGAGACGAAGCUCAGCAACUGAUUAUCCGGCAGGGGCCUGUGGACGGAGUUUUCUUGGUACGGGACAGUCAGAGUAACCCCAGAACUUUUGUACUGUCAAUGAGUCAUGGACAAAAGAUAAAACACUUUCAAAUCAUACCCGUGGAAGAUGAUGGUGAGUUGUUCCACACCCUGGAUGAUGGACACACAAGAUUCACAGAUCUCAUCCAGCUGGUGGAGUUCUACCAGCUCAACAAGGGAGUCCUUCCUUGCAAGUUGAAACAUUACUGUACUAGGAUGGCCCUUUAGCCAAACUGUAUGUGACUCACAAAAAAAAAAAAAAAAAAAAAAAAAUUGAAGAAAAAGGAUACAAGAGAAGAAUGUUUAAGGAGAAAAAUAAAAAAUAGGCUGAAAAUAAACCAUGGUGAAAAAAAUUGAGUUACAAGAAUGGUCAUGCAUUGAAACUUAGUAAAGACUUGGAUUGGUAUUAUACUCAUUACUUAAAAUUUAUUAGUUAAAAUUAAACCUUAGUAAAAAAAAAUCCUUGCUUGUGUUUUUGUGUGAUUAUACAUUCCUAUGGUAUUUUGUUAAACAUGUAACUUUAAAGAACAAAUUGUCUUUGUUUACUUUUGUACCACCAGAAUUCUCACCAUGAAAUAUGAAAGAGCAAUGGGGGUAGGUAUACAGACUUGGGGACACAUGCAUCCACUGAGCACUGAUGAGGCAAAGACUUGACAGGCAUGAGCUCAAGGUCUGACUGUGCCAUGAGAUGAGUCCCUGUCUUAAAGAACAAGGCUUUGGAUGUAGCCACAUGGUUCUGUCAUUGCUUGAAGUCCUGGGUGUGAUCCUCAGCAGAGCCAAAAGUGAAAACCAAAAACUGAUUCAGAAUGUUUCUUUACACACUGUAUUUCAGCUAUGCUACCUUAAAAAUAUUAAUAAUAUAAUAAAAGCUUGAGUUAUCAAUUAAAUGGAGCUACCUAUAACUAGGCUUAUAUAGUUAUAAACUAUUUUAAUGUACAUAUACUCCUGAGUUUAAAAUAGCCAAAGCAGGGAAAAACCCAGUUCAUAUUGUUAAGUGGGCUAAAUUAUUUUUUAGAAAAUUGAUUUUUGUGAUAAUUCAUAAUGUUUUAAAAUCACUAGUUAUAAGUCUCUUCCAGUAAUGGACCCUUACUUGUGGAUUAUUAAAAUUUUUUCAUUUAUUAAAUUCAUUCAUUCAUUCACUCAUUUUUUGGUAGCGAGAUUUAUCUUUAAGGAAAUAAUCAAAACAUAGAAAAGGUUAGGAUAAUUAACAUGUGCUUCAAGACUUAUAAUCUAUGAUUUUGUGCCUGGUCACCACAAUAUUUCACAUUUCUCUCAUGGUCUGGUUUGCACCAUACUUUAGAUCCUUUUACUAAUAGAUCAGUUUCCCAACAGAGCAGGUGAAAUUAAAGGUUUCAAUUGAAAGAUCCAAACAGUUAAACCUGUUUUCUUCGCUUUGUAUGUUUUCCUUUUAGCUCCUCACUGUUGUAGCUAAUCAAUUUGCAAACUUGAAACACUGAGAUACUACCCCCCCUCAUCAUCUUGGAGACCUUCCAGAAAGAAGCCAAUACCUCCUCCUCCCCCUUUUCUCUGCCCUUCCUCCUUA